AUGGUAACAGUCCAGUUGGAAGCGGGAAAUCAGUGCCCCAGUAGCCAUAUAGAGAAACAUGAACUCUCAACGCACACAACUGAUAUUAGGCCAUCAAAACCAUUAGCUCUUCGCCUGUUUGAUUCGAGUCAAUUGAAGGUUUUACUGCUAGAAGAUAUUAACGAAAGUGCAAUUGCUUCUUUCAAAAAAUGUGGUUAUCAGAUUAGCAAUAGAUUCUUAUUAAUACCUCAGGUGGAAGUUUAUAAAGAUACGCUGACUAGGGACAAACUGAUAGAAAAAAUUUGUGAUGUUCAUAUUAUUGGUAUACGUUCUAAGACAGUGUUGACAGCUGAAGUGCUUAAUCACGCAACAAAGCUGCUGGCAAUUGGCUGCUUCUGUGUUUCCAUUGAUCAAGUCGAUUUGCAAGCAGCCGCUGAGCGUGGUAUAGCUGUAUUCAAUUCACCAUUUAAAAACUCUCGAUCAGUUGCAGAACUUGCUAUUGGCGGCAUUAUCAUGCUUGCUCGACAGCUGGGUGACCGUAUCCGGGAGAUGCAUUCAGGUAUAUGGAAUAAAACUUCAAGAAACUGCCAUGAAAUUAGAGGAAAGACUCUGGGCAUCAUAGGGUAUGGACAUAUAGGUUCACAACUAUCUGUUUUAGCAGAGGCCUUGGGAAUGUCUGUAUGUUUUUAUGAUAUCCUUCCUAUAAUGCCACUUGGUCAAGCUAAGCCAGUUGAUAAUCUUGGAGAACUACUGGAAAUAUCCGACUUUGUCACAAUACAUGUUCCUGAAAAUCAGAGCACAAGGGAUAUGAUUGGGGAACAGGAGAUUCGCAAAAUGAAACAAGGUGCUUUCCUUAUCAAUAUGGCAGGGGGCUCAGUGGUCCAGCUACCAGCUUUAGUGAAAGCUUUGCAAAGAAGGCAUCUCGGUGGCGCUUAUUUGGAUGUAUUUUCAAAGCAGCCUACGUUAAAUGGGCCCUAUUUCGACUAUUAUCCGGAAUUAAUGAGUUGCCCCAACCUAAUUUUGACGCCUUAUAUUGGAGGUUCUACAGAAGAAGCUCAACGUAUGAUUGGCCAUGAGGUCUCGCACGUCCUAAUAAAGUAUGUAAAUGAUGGUAGUUCAUUAAAUUCCGUUAACUUUCCAGAGAUUGCUCUACGCCCCAUAUCAGAGACAGAUAAAGGUAUUAUUCGCUUGUUGCAUGUCUAUCAAAAAGAUCCUUCUGUACUCAAGGAAAUCAACCGUAUUCUCGCAGCUCAUAAUAUUGAAAAACAAUUCUCCAAUACGAAAGGUAAUAUUUCCUAUGUGAUGGCAGACAUCGCUAAUGUAACUGAUAUCAGAACAUUGUACGAUGCCGUGUCUGUUACAUCGACAAAUAUUCGAACAAGGAUUUUAUUCUAA